CCCUAGGAGCAGGCAGAGACGUUGGGACGGGGAAGGGGCAGCGCGGGCCCUGGAGGGCGCAGGGGUUAAGUGCAAAGUGCAAUGUCUGAGCAAGAGCGUAUACAGGAAUGUCUGAGGAAGGAGAUAAGGUCGCUUCUCAUCUCCACCAAGGAUGGUUUGACCCCACAACAGUUGGAAAAGGAGUACCUUUUGAUGAUUGGCAACCACCUCCCACUCCGAAUCCUUGGGUACCGGUCCACUAUGGAGCUGGUGUUGGACAUGCCUGACGUUGUCAGUGUCUGCCCCUGUGGGGAUGAUACUGUAAUACUGAAAGCCAUUCCAGAUGAAUCCACCAAAGGAAUAGCAAAUUUAGUUGCAAAGCAGAGAAGCAGCCAUAAGAGUCGAAACUCCAUGCAGAAGGGAAGGGGCAGCAUUUGCUCUGGGCCAACCUCCACAGGGCGAAUACCUUACCGAGGAAGGGUGCCUCCCAUUCUCCCAGCUGUGGUGAAGAGCGAAUUGAAAGACCUCUUGGCAUUAUCUCCUGUUCUCCUUUCUGAUUUUGAAAAGGCAUUUGCCAAGCGAUUUGGAAGAUCAUUCCAGUAUAUGCAAUAUGGCUUCCUCUCUAUGUUCGAAGUGCUGAAUGCAGCUUCAGAUGUUAUUUCUGUAGAGCAGACCAGAGCAGGUUCUUUGUUAAUGCUGAAGAAGAGUAUAUCAGAGGGAAAAGAGAGAGUAUGGCCAGCCGGUAAAAUUUUUACCCAGCCAUUUAGAAUGAAACAAGGGUCAUACUCCACAGGCUCCCAGGUAGCAAAGGCACGUUUUUCACAGCCUACUUCAAACAUGGAACCAAUGAAGCCAAUAUUGAACAUGGAAAAGACUUUCAAGUUAAAUGUAGUGCAGACUUCAAGGCCAAAUCAUGAUGAGAAAUUAAACCAGUUGGAGAACACAUUCAAAUCAGUUAUUGCACAAAUUGGACCUGGAGGGACUAUCAGUCCAGAACUAAAAUAUAAGAUAAAGUUUGUUGUAUCCAAAUUUCCAGAGGGUUUGCUUGUUUCUAAACUGCUUAAGGAGUUUGAGGUAACUUUUAAAGAGCAACUUUCACCAAAAAAAUUGGGCUUUUUAAAUGUGAUAGAACUUGUUGGAGCUCUUAGUGACAUUCUCCAUGUUGAGUUCCGGGAAGGAGAACAAGACUUACUAGUGUUUGAUGCCGAUACGAGAUCUGUUCUAUCUGUUCAAUCAGCUAAGAAGAUAGAAGCCAAAGCUUGUAUCUCCAGUCCUCCUAGAAAUUCACUAUCUACUGCCGCUGUCAAGGAAACUACAUGGGAUUUUCCUUUGAAAAACCAUAGAGAGCCAGAACAGAAGGUUUACAAGAAGCCUAAUCUGGUGGUAAAGCCUUUACAGCUGCAAAUAGAAACAAACAACUCACAGCUCAAUAUGGCGAUAGGAAAUCAUGAUAUCCCACCAGAUGCUGUACGGGAAAAGAAAUUAUGCAGACUUCCACCACUAGAUACUAGUACUCUUGUGGGGGUCUUUGUGGAAUAUAUCAUCUCUCCUAGUCAAUUCUACAUCCGAAUCUACAGCAGGGAUUCAUCAGAGUUACUUGAAGACAUGAUGAUUGAAAUGCGGCGCUGUUAUUCUAGUCAUCUGGUUUCUGACCGAUAUAUCAUGCCACAACAUUUUAUCCAGCCGGGACACCUCUGUUGUGUAAAGAUUUCUGAGGAUAAGUGGUGGUAUCGGGUCAUUAUCCAUCGAAUUCUUGGAAAAGAGGAAGUAGAAGUGUUCUACCCAGACUUUGGCAACGUUGGAACUGUUCAGAAGUCUUCUCUGAGGUUCCUUAAAUGCUGCUACACCAAGCUUCCAGCUCAGGCUAUCCCUUGUUCUCUGGCUUGGGUGAGACCCAUAAAGGAACACUGGACAUCCAGAGCCAUUUUGCAGUUCCAGAAGUUGUGUGGCUUGAAGCCAUUAGUAGGGGUAGUGGAUGAAUACAUAGAUGGGAUCCUUAACAUUUUUCUGUGUGAUACAUCCUCAAAUGAAGAUGUCUAUUUCCAUCAUGUCUUGAGAACAGAGGGUCAUGCUAUUGUAUGCCGAGAAAAUGUCCCUUCUAAGGGUUUCAGAGAACUCAACCCUUUAGCUUUAUACACUAAAUCCAGUGAAGGGCCAGAGGACAUUGUCUUAACAGAGCUGAAUUAUCCUUCCCAGCAACACUAUUUUAAUGAAGACCGAAAAAUAAGUCCACCAUCAAAAGAGAGUGAAUUACUUACCCCGAAUUAUGAAGAAGAUACAAAGUGGCCCAUCCCAGAGCUGAAAGAUCCGAAGGAAGAAAAUGAGGAUGAGAUUCCCACUGGAAUGCCAUGCCUGGAGUCAGUGACCAUAGGUGAUGAUAUUUGGGAUGAGAACUGGUUACCUCUCCAGGCACAAAUAAGAAAAGGAGGUGAUCCUGCCUCCCAUCCAUUUACCUCAAGCCUUGGUGAAAAGAAACAGUAUCUGUCAUGUAAAGAAAUGCCACAGAAGGAUUGGUGUUUUUCUACAUCUAAAGAUACAGGGAAUGAUUCAUGGCAACCUUCAGGCCUUGUGAAUGGAAUUCAAGAAGUUCAAAAACCAGAAGAACUGGGUGCCCAGGAAAAAAAUAGUGAUACAACCAGGAUUGCUAUGCAACCAGAUGUAACUAGUUCUGAUUCAUCUACACUGCCCCAACUAGAAGAGUUCUACCUCUCUCUUUUCCAGUCACAGCCGUCAGCCAAAGGGAGCCAGUUUGAACUUAACAACAUUGAGACUCAGCCAAAGCAAAUUCAGCUGUCGACAGAAGUGCUCACUUCAACUCCUGCGGUGGGAAAUACCCCAGAGAAACACCUGGGUUCUGGGGAAAGUUCCCCAGGGAGCCUAAAGAAUGAAGAUUUUUCUAGUAGCCAUGAUAUUACAUUGUUCAAAGACAAGAGCCAAGGAGCCAUGGACCAGCUCUCUUUGAUCUUGUCUCCUGAGCACCAGAUUUCUCAGAAGCUCUACAUUCCUCGCAGUACAGCCACUGCUGCCUUAGGAGCUGCCGCGCGGUUAGCUACAUCCAAGAGCCUCCUGCACUGGUACCCCAGUGUGAAAAGGAUGGACUCAUGAGGGAGGGAGCAAAAUUAACCAGCUGCUUAGGGCUUGGUGAUCUCCCAGGCCAAAGCAAGGAGUGCUUUGAUAGCUGAUGCAUUUGUCUUCCUUCAUGACUAUAUGUUGGCUUUAUUAUGUUAACAGUCCACUUUGGUGUGUAAGUAUUGAUAUUUAACGUUAAAUUUUCUUUUU